AUGCCGUCCACGGGUUUGACGGUGGGAUGCCUGGGCCUAAACGGCACCGUUAGCGCCACCCUUGACCAAGUCCGGCCUGAACAAGCAAAGGUACCACCCGAUCAUGGCGCCCCAGUCGUGCGCCACCACGAAAACCCCUCCUCCGCCGCCGGUGAGAGACUCAAUCAGCGCCACAACGUCGCCGGCAACGUGGAGGCACGAGUAGGCGGAGGGGUUCGGCGGCGCGUCGGUGUCCCCGUAGCCGCGGAGGUCGGGGGCCACUGCGCGGUAGCCGAGGGCGGCGAACGCCUCCAUCUGGUGGCGCCACGUGUACCAGAGCUCCGGGAAGCCGUGGAGGAAGAGCACCACGGCGGCGCCGGCGCCGCCUUUCUCCGCCACGUGCAUAUCGAUGCCGUUGACGCGUACCGUCCGGAUGAUGAUAGUGUAAGAGGAGGUGCUGGAAUAUAA